UUAGUCCCACGGAAAAGGGACAGGAUCCUAACUAAGCAGAUGUUUAAGGACAAGAUUCCCUCUUGUGUGUGCUGGAUGCAGGGGACAUCGCCUUUUCGGCUCCGUUGAACGAGUUCUGACGUCCCUGCGGCCCCGCAUCUUGGGCUCCAGGCUGCUAGGAGUCCCCCACCACCCCUCCUCUCUCGAGGGGUGGGGGCAGGCAGGGGGCGGUGCCUGGCAGUGGGGCGGGCUCAGUGGCGAGGGAGCAUUCGUCGGGCAGCGGGGCGCGGGACGUACGGGGCCGGGGAGGCGCCCUCCAUCGCCAUGGACCUGAUGUCAGCGCUGAGCCUGGGCGAGCUAGCGCUCAGCUUCUCGCGGGUGCCGCUCUUCCCUGUUUUCGACCUCAGUUACUUCAUCGUCUCCAUCAUCUACCUGAAGUAUGAGCCAGGAGCUGUGGAACUGUCCCGGCGCCACCCUGUGGCGUCCUGGCUGUGCGCCAUGUUGCACUGUUUUGGGAGUUACAUCCUGGCCGACCUGCUUCUUGGGGAGCCCAUCAUUGACUACUUCAGCAACAGCUCCAGUAUCCUGCUGGCCUCUGGAGUGUGGUACUUGAUUUUCUUCUGUCCCUUGGACCUCUUCUACAAGUGUGUCUGCUUUCUGCCCAUAAAACUCAUCUUUGUGGCUAUGAAGGAGGUGGUGAGGGUCCGAAAGAUCGCUGUGGGCAUCCAUCAUGCACACCACCACUACCACCAUGGGUGGUUCAUCAUGAUCGCCACCGGGUGGGUCAAAGGCUCUGGUGUUGCCCUCCUGUCCAACGUGGAGCAGUUGCUUCGAGGAGUCUGGAAGCCAGAAACUAAUGAGAUCCUGCACAUGUCCUUCCCCACCAAGGCCAGUCUGUAUGGAGCCAUCCUGUUCACCUUGCAGCAGACUCGCUGGCUCCCAGUGUCCAAGGCCAGCCUCAUCUUCGUCUUCACCAUGUUUAUGGUGUCAUGUAAGGUGUUCCUGACAGCCACACACUCCCACAGUUCUCCAUUUGAUAUCCUGGAGGGUUACAUCUGCCCAGUGCUGUUUGGGGCAACUUGGGGAGGCGACCAUCACCAUGACAACCAUGGAGCACCACAUGGCAUGGGACUAGGCACCCAGCACUCCGGCCUGCCUGCCAAGGCCAAGGAAGAGCUGGGCGAAGGAUCCAGGAAGAAGAAGACCAAGAAAGCAGAUUAGGGGUUGGCCCCAGGAAUCCACUGGGUGCUCUGUAGAAGGAUGUGGACUCAAAGAAACUCAGAACUUAGGGGCAUUCAGGGCUCAGACCCUCCCCUCCCUCCGCCCUGCUCUCUGCCACCCUCAACUUCCUCAUCUGCAGUUUGGAGCCAUCAGCAAUUCCAAGGGCUGAUGUGGGCUAAAUUAGUGUGGAGGAGUUCAGCAGAUGUGGAAAACCCUGCCCUCUGCCAGACCCCUCAAAAGGUCACAGCCUUUGGGGGCACACAGUGUAGGCCCAAAGCCCUGGCUGGUAGGCUCUUGGUUUUCAUUCUGUGUUCUGUCUAAUUAUAUCUUGUAACCAAAAGAAUUUAAAGCCACACGGAGACUCAAUUAUCUAGAUCCUCUCGAGAGCCAGGUGCUGGGGUCCCCUGUCCUUCCGCACUCAGGACCUCCCUAGAAUUUUGUGACUCCUGCUGGGCAUCUUUAGGCAAAUGGCCUUCCUUCUCUGAGCCUUCUGUUUCUGUUCUGUAGCAUGGAGACCCCAGGUCCUCCUGUGUACAAAAGGGUCUUUAUGAUGUCAAGCAGUUUCUUAAGCAGCAUGCUAGUGAGAAGGAGACUGGAGCAGCAUGAAGGACAGUGGCAGGCUGCUUUGUAUGUUAGGCCAUUUGUGUUUGAGGCCAGAAGGUCUCACCAGAUACUCAGCUGAGCAGGCACAUUUAGGGCAGACUGCUAACAGGAGGGGGGCUUGAAUUCCUAGGUGCCCACAGGCAAGAGGUGUGGGUGCAGAGCAGAGGGUCCAAGAGCCAACAGCCUUGGUUACUCACAAUUGGGCUCUGGGUGUAUCAGGUGUCCCUCAUGCCUGAUCAGCAUAGUUCAUUCAGUCAUUCAACAAACACACAGAUCCACACAUGCUCGCUAUACAGUGUCAUGCUGCUCCUCUGAGGAGCGAGCCUUAUACAGGGGAAGGGCCAUCCAUGGUCGCCAAAGUCUCCAGGGCACCUGAGAGAGGUGAGCAUGGGGUCCUGCUGGUCUCAGGCUUAUGUGAGGCUCAGAUCUAGUUGAAGUACCCAGUGUAGCCCAUUUGUUGAGAAAAUGCUCCUCAUAACUUUGCCUGGAGGUAGGGUAGGUCCUGAGGCUGGAAGCUCCCGGGGUUUCAUCCCCUUGAUGUCAAUCAAAGCUCAGUGUGAGUGAUCAGCCAAUAAAUCCCGUGCGAGUAAAUCAA